AUGUCCAUUAACAUCUGCAGAGACAAUCAUGAUCCAUUUUACCGUUACAAAAUGCCUCCCAUCCAGGCCAAGGUUGAAGGUAGAGGUAACGGUAUUAAGACAGCUGUUUUGAAUGUCGCUGACAUUGCGCGUGCGCUUAACAGACCUGCUCCUUACAUUGUGAAGUAUUUCGGUUUCGAGUUGGGUGCCCAAACAAGCAUUUCUGUAGACAAGGAUCGUUAUCUUGUUAAUGGUUCUCACGAACCUGCAAAGCUACAAGACGUCCUAGAUGGCUUCAUCAAUAAAUUUGUGCUGUGUGGCAGCUGCAAAAACCCUGAAACAGAGAUUAUCAUAACCAAGAGCGGCGACCUCGUCAGAGACUGUAAAGCAUGUGGUAAGAGAACUCCAAUGGACUUGAGACACAAGUUGUCUUCUUUCAUUCUAAAAAAUCCUCCUGAAUCGAUGGAAAGCUCCAAGAAGAAGAAGAAGGCUGCCACCGCUUCUGCAAACAUCCGUGGUGGUGGUGUGUCCAUUAGUGAUAUUGCACAAGGUAAAUCUCAAUCUUCAGCUCAGGCUAGCGCAGAUGCUGAUGGCGAUUCGGAUGAUGAUGAAUUGGCUCGUCAAAUUCAUGCCGCAGCCUCCAAGCUAGAACAAAUUGAGGUUGACAACGACGACUGGGCUGUCGAUAUGUCUGAGGAAGCUAUUAGGGCACGUGCUAAAGAGUUGAGAGCUGCCAACGGUGGCGAAGACGACGAGAUGUCUAAACUGGAAGAAUAUGGUGAAUGGAUAAUAGGUGAAGAAGAGACGCCAUCUGAUGUUGAACUGUAUAAAAAGGCUGCUGAGAUGGACUUGUUGCAAGAAUCAAAGAUUGCCUGUGUAUUGGCUCAGGUUCUAUUCGACGAAGACAUUGUUGAGGAAAUACCAGAACAUGCCGCAUUCUUUAAAAAGCUAUUCGUUUCAGAAGACUUUGAGAAGAACUUUUUAGGUGGUAUCGAAAGAUUCUUAGGUUUGGAACACCCUGACUUGAUUCCAACUUUGCCCAAAAUUUUGGUUCAACUUUACAACAGUGACAUAAUCUCCGAAGAGGAGAUCGUGAGGUUCGGUACUAAAUGCUCCAAGAAGUUUGUCCCUAAAGACGUUUCCAAGAAAGUCCGUAGGGCGGCCAAACCAUUCAUCACUUGGUUGCAAACAGCUGAGUCUGAAGAUGAGGACGAAGAUGAAGAAUGA